GCCGUCUUAUCGAGUUAACGUCUUAAAAUGUACGGGCAAAUAUACUAGAAUCCGAGUCGAAAACCAUUGGUACCGCGUCUGUCGGCUAGAUUACACGCCUUCUAAUUUCAAAUUUGUUGGUGGCUGAAUCGCAUAGAGAAGAAAAAAGUUUUUAAUUUUUUUUAAUUUUGCUCAAAAAUAUGAAUCUUCGACUUCAUGUGUUUUUCGGUCAGCUCCUCUGGCUUUUUGCAUCAUUGAGCGGCAAGAGUUUCCAAGGUGUCCCAGGAUACGGAAGGAAUCUAAUAAUUAAGACUCUACCAGCUAUCGAAGACUACCAGAGCAAUGUAUACGAAGUUUUCAUGGAGCCUUAUUUAUACGAUUCUUUCAGACCAGUAUUUCCUGGCGGAGAGCGUACCCAGAAACAAAUUGAUUUAGCUGGCGCACCAAGAUCUUUGCCAGGCCUUCAAGCCGUAGUCAACCUACAACCUGACGCAGGAUCAGGCGUCACCGGCGAACUGGUCUUCACACAAAUAGUCCCCAACGGGCCAGUUACCAUAGAAGGAAACGUCACAGGUCUAACUCCGGGUCUACACGGGGUGCACGUUCACCAGUCCGGAGCCAUUAAGGAUAAUUGCAAAGAUAUUGGGCCGCACUUUAUAGCGUAUUAUGGUCGACAUGGGGGACCUCGCGAUCACAUCCGUCAUGUCGGAGAUCUCGGCAACAUUAAGGCGGAAGAAGGCACUGUGAACAUUAAGAUCGUAGACCAUCUCGUGUCUCUAUCGGGGCCCAGGUCCAUAGUUGGAAGAUCCCUGGCCAUUACGCAAGCGGAAGAUGACUACGGUAGAGCUGGCACGGAAGACAGUGCCUUGACUGGUUCCUCAGGGCCUGCAAUUGCGUGCGGCAUUAUUGGAUAUCUAAAUUAGUUAUAGUGCAAUGUUAAUUUAUUAGUCCUAAGAUGAUUGUAAUACAGGAAUUUUACAG